AUGGAGCCAAAUAAAGACCUCGUCGCCAAGUUGGUGAAUGCCGAUCCAGGUCUCCCAAGAAUCAAUCCAACCCAGUCUUAUUGGCAGCAUGUCCCUCACGCGUUGGCGAACGCACAAUCUCCCACUCUACCCGCCGAAAGAGAUUAUGUUAUCAUUGGAUCUGGGAUAACCGGACUCUCUGUUGCAAAGAACCUUUUAGAGCGGCACCCAGCAGCAACAGUAUCUGUUCUGGAAGCUCGAACGCUAUGCUCUGGAGCCACAGGACGAAAUGGAGGCCAGAUGGCUGCUAGCGUGGGUGAAGAAUACUCCUAUCUAGCAGACGCACAUGGUCCAGAGAUGGCUGGGAAGAUUGUCUCAUUUACUUUUCGCAAUUUGGACAAAAUGCAGGAUUUCAUCAGAGAAUAUGAUGCCGUUGAGGCGAGCGAAAUGCAGAAAUUGCAUAAGCUGCGAGCUUUUCUGACCGAAGACACUUUCCAGGAUUUCAAGAAAAGCAUUGCGAGACUUGAAUAUGAUCAUCCUUCUUGGAAGGGUCUAUAUAAAAUACUUGAAAAAGAUGAGCUUAUCAAGGAUCAUGGAGUCCACGGCGCAGCUGGGGGAGCUUUGCUUCCUGCCGGUACUGUCUGGCCCUAUCGACUUGUUACAAAAGCGUUUGCGGCAUUGAUGGCCAAGUACCCAGAUCGAUUGACAAUCGAGACAAGCACGCCAGUGACAGCUGUCGAGUACGAGUCCAACUAUGUCACGCCCGUCUCAUCCGUGUUUCCUUAUAUAGUCAGAACUCAUCGCGGACCAUUACGUGCCGAGAAUGUAGUUUACUGCACAAACGGUCAUACUGGACAUCUCAUCCCGAAAUUACGAGGACGUAUCCAUCCAUUCAAGGGGACAAUGACUGUUCAAGACCCGCAAACCGAAGUCCCAAAUCGAGGAGAACUUACAUCAUGGGGCUUCCAUUACCCAAUAAACUAUGAUCCCGCAACAAAGGAAUCCGGCCAUGGACUAUACUAUCUGGGACAAAGUGUUAAGACCGGUUAUUUCUACUUUGGAGGCGAGAACGCUCGCAUUGAGCAUGUCGUCACUGCCGAUGAUAGUUUCGUGACUAAGAACUCAGUCAAACAUCUUCAAUCAGUUCUUCCAAAGUUCUUCGGCAGUGCUACGCCUGAAUGGAACCUGGUUAGUGCUUGGAGCGGGAUCAUGGGCUUUUCAUCUGAUGGUGUCCCGGUGGUGGGACAGCUCUCUGAAUCACUAACAGGCCGCGCGGGUGAAGGUGAAUGGAUUGCUGCAGCCUUUAAUGGAUAUGGUAUGGCCAAUUGUCUGUUGAGUGGUGAGGCAUUGGUCUCUAUGAUUCUGAAAGACCGUGAGAGUGAUUGGUUUCCUGGAGCUUAUACACUCAGUGAAAAGAGAUUGCGUGAGACUCUUACUGCGCCUGAGUCAAUUAAGGCUUUGACUGCAAAGCUAUGA